CUUGCGUUUAAUAAACGAGGUGCCGCCGGAGCUUGGGUACUAAGGUGGGAUACCCGGGAGUUGAUCUCUAAGAAACUGGUCAACUGAGUGAACAUCCAAGCUAGAUUACUUUCAGCCGGGACCGGGUCAUUAUAACGCAAAAAUACUUUCGUAGUCCCGGAGAGCCACAGAGAGAGAUCUACAUCUACAUAUUACCCUGCACAGACGAGACAAAAGACACUCACAUCCGACAAACAUGGCCGGCCCUGAGGACUCAGUCAUCUCCCUCGAGUACCGCGGCCGCGUCGCGCUGCUCACCAUCGACAACGAACGCAAGCUCAACGCCCUCUCCCAGCCGCAGUACUACGACCUCGCCCAGAAGCUGCGCGAGAUCGCCACCCACGACGAGGUCUUUGUUACCGUCCUGACGGCCAAGGGGCGCUACUUUUCCGCCGGAGCUGACGUAUCAAUCGCCCGCGCCUCGCCGGGCGCCUCCCCGGAUGCCCAUAAGCACUGGCUUCAGUCCUUCGUCGCAUUCAACCUCAACACCACGCAGGCCUUCUACUCGCACCCCAAGAUCCUCGUCGUCGGGCUCAACGGGCCCGUCGUGGGCCUCUCGGCGGCCCUCAUCUCCUUCGCCGAUUUCAUCUACGCCGCGCCGUCGGCCUUCCUCCUGACGCCUUUCUCGUCGCUCGGCCUCGUCGCCGAGGGCGGCGCCUCGCGCGCCCUCGUCCAGCGCCUCGGCGUCGGCAAAGCCAACGAGGCGCUCAUCAUGAGCCGGCGCAUCCCCGCCGCCGAGCUGCUGCACGCCGGGUUCGUCAACCGCAUCUUCGACACCGCCGAGGGCGGGGACGCGCGCUUCCGUGAGCUGCUGCUGCGCGAGGUCGACGAGAGGCUGGGCGAGCACCUGAUCGGGGAGAGCCUGACGGGCAUCAAGGCGCUCAUCCGGCGGCCCGAGAUCGAGAUCAUGGACCGACAGAACUCGCUCGAGGUGUUUGCGGGGCUGGAGAGGUUCAUGAAGGGCGUGCCGCAGGAGGAGUUCCGCAAGAUUGCGAGCGGGGAGAAGAGGCACAAGCUGUGAAGGGGCAAGAGAACGGGCUACUCGGAUAUGUCCGGAUCGUGAUGAUUCUAGUCAGAUUUGCAUACGGUACAAGCAAGGAACAUGUGUAUGGAGAAAAGAAUAGACCAGGGCCUUUUGUAUUUUUCCAUCCGAGUCUCUUCUGCUUCUGCACAAUAAAAGACGAAGGUUU